CUAUAAAUGUCCCCGGGAGUUUCCGAAAUCCACACUCGGUGACUUCAGCUGAACAAUGGUUAACAUGAGCGAUCACCAAACUCUACAAAAACACACACAGACCCUGAAUAAAAAACAGCCGCGAAAAAGAAAUACGAAAAAGAAAAGGAACUAUUGGAACAAUAUAUCGCCAACAACACACAUUCAAACUUGACUGACAAGAGACACUUUAAGGUCUGGUGUGCUAGGUGUGUGAGCAUAUCGUAUUGUGUCUGUGGAUAGCGACUGAUUGGUGCGAUGACUGCGGAGUGGCUGUACCCCCCUGGCGUGGGGCCGUUGUGUGGUGCAGAGUUGGAGGCGUGGUAUGAAGACCUACAGGAUAUACUGGGCUCUGACGCGGGUGGUGCCAAACUUACGCGAGCUCCACCUUGCUCCGAGAAAGAGCCAGAGUUUUUGGAUGUUUUGGAGAGCUGCUCGCUCACCUGGCUAACCGAGGGGCAGGUAUGGGGAGAUGGGGUGCAACGGGUCACAGAGGAACCCCCGACACCAAUACACCCGCCGACGACCUGCGAGACUCCACCUAGACCGGAGGAGAGGAGAGAAGGCGAUACGGAGAGCUCGUCCGGAGGAGAUCUUCUGCCCCCGGAGUUCUUCGAGCUCCUCAGCGAGGGAGGCGUUGGCUUGGUCGAAACGGGCGCAGCGAUGGUCACCGGCAGUUACCACGUCCCUCACCAUCAGCCUUCGUCCCCGGCGGCCAGCGAGGAGGAGCUCCCGACGGUUCCCGACACUUCAUCCUGCUCCUCGGCAUCCCAGUCGCCCUCCUUCAACUGUUCCCCGCCCGCCUCUCCUCCCCUGUCACCUCCCGUCAGCGUCUCCUCGCGGCUGAGCAAAAGGAAGCGAGAGAGCGACAGAGGAGGCGCGCCAGGCUCACCAUCCCCUGGGAAGAAGAGUAGGAGAGAACGCGAGCAGGAGAACGAGAGGAAAGUGCAAGAACUGACGGACCAGAACGAGCGUCUCAAAGCGGAGAUCGAGCGACUCGGAGAGGAGGUGCAGAGAACCCGUCGGGCGCUCAUUGAGAGACUCGUCAACACCAGAAGGUGAAGCAGGAGCAACAUGAGGAGCAAAGAAAGACAUUUAGAGAGAAAUGAGAAUAGAGGGGUGGAAGGCAAGUGAACAAUUGGAGGAAAUUCAUCACGCGGUGACCAUGAAAUGCACAUUAAGCACAACCAAAGGAGAAUAAAGACACGUGUUACAGGGGGUAGAGAGUGUUUCAAAGAGCGUCUCACACCAAGAGAGAAAAGAGAAAGUCAGAUUAAGCCAUAGAAAAAGCAGCGAUGGAAGGCAGCGGCUGGAGUAGAGUGAACCUCACGAAAAUCGGGCCAAAUUUAUAUUUUGCAAAAAUAUAUGUAUUUUUUCUUCUAUUUUUAUUUUUUUGUGUGCAAAAUAUAAAAAUCGAAGUAAAAAAUAUUUUUUUGCAAAAUAUAAUAAUUUUUUUCCUUCAAAAUAUAUUAAAUUUAUUUUUUUACAACCAUUAAGAUUUUUUUUGCAUUGACACUUUCAUAACAAAGGACAUUUUACUCCUUAAUUUUCUUACUGUAAUCCAAGCAGAUGUUUUACGGGGAAUCCCAUUAGUUUUACAUUACUGUAAUAGUCAUUUGUCCUGAAUUGCAGAAAAAAAAAAAAAAAAAAGUUUAUUUAUUAUUUAAAUCAGCAUCAAGACAUAAUAUCAAAUACUAUGAAGAAAACAGUCUGCAGGACACUAAAGCAAACUUUGGAAAAAAUAGAAAUAUCUGCACAAAGACACUAAUUCUCCAAAAUGUUAUUGAACAAUACAGUCACUAAAUACAUUUUUAGAAUAUUGAUAUUAUUGUGAGAAUAGUGUUUUUACAGAAGUAUUUAAAAAAAUCUAAAUUGAUGCAAUUCUUCACAAUACAAAAAAAAAAAAGAAAAAACAAAAAAAAAACUAGUAUUUAGUAAUGAGAAUUUUGGGGAGAAAAAAUGUGUUUAAUUGUCAUGAAAAUAAUGUCAAUGCAAAAUCUUAAUAGUCCUAUAACGGGCUUUAGUUUCGACAUGUAAAAUAUAACUGCUAUUAUCAUUUGAUUUUGGUGUGAAAUGAUGUUUUUUGACAGAUUUCAUGAGAUUCAUUUGGUAAUAUUGUGAUGGAAAGCCGCUGUCAAGUCUAAUUAUUUUUCCUUUAACAGCAAUAGUUAUUAUUAUUGAAACUGGAUUGUUGCUCUUUUUUUUUUUUUUUUUUUUUUUUUUAAAUCUUUGCCAAGAAAUCUUUUGGAAAUGUGUCAGAUACACAAUAUAUGAAAAACUGAAAUGGGCGAAACACACAAGCAGAAGAAAUGUGAUUGUAUUUGUAACGAUGAUUGUAGAAGUGCAUUUCAUUGUAACCCAUCUGUUAGUUUAAGGGCUUUAAACAUGUAAACACCUCUAGUUGACCGAGAUUAGUAGCUCAGGACUGUUAUCGAGAACGAUUGUGUGAGCCGUUUCUCUCUGUAGCUCACGAUCAACCGAGACCUCCAAGAGUGUGUGUGUGUGUGUGUGGAAAAAUAUGAAUGGAUGUUAGUGAUUUUGUGCUCACUUAUUUCUCUAUAAACUUUUUCAGAAUUUUUAGAAUUAGCGCUUUAUAUCAUACCUCAUUGCCUCUAAUCCAUGCCUAUUUUUCUAUAUGUGUAUUACACAUCAUGUCAUUUAAUCAUCACUAUGUGUAUCAUUUAUCUUAUAGUGUAGUUUCCUAAUAUUGAAAUAAACAUGCAUGCUGGAUUUCACUUAGACUAAAUACAGAAUUGUAUUACACACAUUUUGUUAUUAAAAUAUUGAAAUGAA